AUGGCACAGGCCUACGAUGACGAGGAGCUUUCCAUCUCCUUGUCUCCUUCUCAGAUCCGAAGUCGCAAUAAGCGAUCCGGCGAUGGCGCAUCAGGUUUUGGCCCCAGUACCGGCAACCUCCACGAAUACGGCCAACACGGUCAGCAAUUACACCCUAAUAUCAACGCCGUCAUGGCCGACGCACCCCUCCGCGACAAGAUGCGCACCGAGCAGCGCAUCGGUGCCUAUAACAUUGUCAAGACGCUCGGCGAAGGCAGCUUCGGAAAGGUCAAGCUGGCUGUCCAUCGCAGCACCGGCCAGCAGGUCGCUCUCAAGAUCAUCGCCCGCAAGAAGCUCAUCAGCCGCGACAUGCAAGGUCGCGUAGAGCGCGAGAUCGAGUAUCUUCAAUUGCUAAGGCAUCCCCAUAUCAUCAAGCUGUACACCGUCAUCAAAACACCAACCGAGAUCAUCAUGGUGCUAGAGUAUGCCGGCGGCGAAUUGUUCGAUUACAUUGUUCAACAUGGAAAGAUGAAGGAGGACGAAGCCCGCCGCUUCUUUCAGCAGAUGCUAUGCGCCGUCGAAUACUGUCAUCGUCACAAGAUCGUUCAUCGCGACCUAAAGCCCGAAAACCUCUUGCUGGACGAUAAUCUCAAUGUCAAAAUUGCCGAUUUUGGUCUUAGCAAUAUUAUGACCGACGGUAACUUCCUCAAGACCAGCUGCGGCUCUCCCAAUUACGCGGCUCCCGAGGUCAUUGGCGGCAAGCUUUACGCAGGACCUGAAGUCGAUGUCUGGAGUUGCGGUGUCAUUCUUUACGUCCUACUCGUCGGGCGCCUCCCUUUCGACGACGAGCAUAUCCCCAGUCUUUUUGCCAAAAUUGCGCGUGGAAGCUACAUGGUGCCGACAUGGAUGAGUCCCGGCGCGGCGUCACUAAUCAAGAAGAUGUUGGUCGUCAACCCUGUUCAACGUGCCACAAUUGACGAAAUCCGCCAGGACCCGUGGUUUCUCAAGGAUCUGCCGGCUUACCUUCACCCUCCUGUCGAGGAGUUCCUCAAUACUGGCGUGGACCCCAACAAGGCCAUCAAGGUUAGCGACAUUGCGCCAAAUGCCCCUCCGCAGGAACAGGAGAAGCUGCAUAAUGAGGUCACGGAGAAGAUCAGUAAAACCAUGGGCUACGGCAAGAGAGAUGUCGAAGAGGCCUUGGAGGCCGAUGAACCCUCGGCCAUCAAAGAUGCCUACAUGAUCGUGCGUGAGAACAAGCUGAUGCAGAGUAACCGUGAGUCUACGCUCCCUCCCAACAAGUCUUUUGUCUUCUCAUCUUUGGAACCUAUCGAUCCCUUUGCGAUGCUAUACUCUGGUGAACAUCGCUUGACGCAAAAAAGCAAAUCCUUGAGUUUGCGACCAUCGUCCUCUUGGAACAACACCAAUGAGGAAUACCAGGAUAUCCUACUAAAAACCGAUGAAGAAAUUCCAGGCCUCACGACAGAGGAGUCUGUCCCGAGUCCGCUCCAUGACCCAAAUAUGUCAUCAGCUCGCUCGAUCGCAUCCGUUAGCACAGGAACUUCACCGCGGCCAUAUGUCAGCAAGAUCGGCAUUUUGCCUAGCAGUCUUCCUACCUACCACAGGGUCUUUAUGGAGCGAGAGAAGGCCAAGGCCGAAGGUCUUGAGCCCCCUGAUGCCAUCCCCACGAUCGUUGAGCCGGCAAAUCAGCCGCGCAGCCAAGCCGAACAAGAAGAGACCAUCCGAAGACUCAAGCCACAUUCGAGGAGUCAACUUCGCCUUGACGAGGCCAACAAGCGCCCACAAGGACUGACCCCCGUCCACCCGCCCAAGAAGAACAAGCCUGCUCGAUGGCAAUUUGGUAUUCGAUCCCGGAACGCUCCUUGGGAGGCGCUGGUGUGUAUUUACAAGGCGCUAAACAAGCUUGGCGCUGGGUGGAUUGUCGAUGAAGACUACGAAAGAGCCCACCGGGACGAUGACGACACUGAUGACUAUGAUGGGCCUAGUAUCGGGGCCCGCAAGAAGUCAUCAUCCAGCAUGGAUCCCACCAAGACAUAUAGACUUCCUGCGGACCCCUGGCAUAUCAAGAUUCGGUGGACAACUGAUAAACUCAAAAAGCAUUCUGUUGCCUCCGGCCUCAGCGAAGCAGGAGAGAACAUGCAUGUUGGCCGGGAUGGCAGCGACAGCAAAUACCAGGUUGUGGCCAUGCGUAUGGAGAUUCAGAUAUACGAAAUGGAGCACGGCGUCUAUCUUGUCGAUUUCAAGGUAGACGGCUACGAGACCCCUGAUGGAAAGCUUCUAGAGGAUAAGGAAGUCACGAGCCCCUUCCCCUUCCUUGAUAUGGCGGCCAAACUCAUCAUGCAGUUGGCAGACGCAGAUUGA